AUGCCCCCGUCGUCUGCGUCGUCGUCCCCGAGCGUUCCCGCGAAGAAACGCAAGGCAGGUGUCUUCGAUAUGGAGCCGGACCACCGUGGGCAUGCGAAGCGUCCGCGAACACCACUAUCAAAUUCAACAGCUCCGCAGUCUUCCGCGGACAAGAAUGCCGACGAACACAAGAUGCUCCUGAUAGAAUAUAGCUCUUGGGAAGAGAAGCAGCAAGUUGAGCUGAAGCAACUUCGCUCAACAGUCGCCCUGCUCUCGAAAGAAAUUGCUGACAUGCGCGAGGAGCGUAGCGCAAAGAAAAUUGAACUGCAAAAUGCCCACCAGCAUAACAAAUCGCUUGAACUGGAGAAGGAUAAUCUGCACAAGAAGUGUGAUAGCAUUAGUCGCCGCGCAGAUCGAUGGGAAAGUGCCCACAACGAUCUCAAGCCAAAGCUCCAAGAAUCCGAGGCGCAGAUCAACAAGCUUGUGAACGAGAAGCACCAGGCAAUCGCCACAGUCUUGCAAGAGCAGAGCCGUAAUAUCGAGAAGAACAAGGAGGUCCGUAACCUCAAUCGCGAGCUCAACGCCUUGGCCAAGAGCUACCAAGACCUUCACAAUGUACUCAAUGCUACACAAAGAAAUGGCCCUGCGACGCUGGACAUCCUUGCCAGGCAUGCAUCGCGAGGGGGGAUACCAGGAGGUUGCAAGCGGGUCAAGUGCCAGUUCUGGACGAAGGACACUUGUCCGAAGCUUCGGUGUGGGCUGGCACAUGAAGACGAUGGCCUCCCUGUGGUCGUUGAGCAUCGGAAACUGAAGCAGAAAGCCACGCCGAUACCCGCUGAGGUGGCAGAGACCCUCAAUACACCUGCCCUUCCUCUCCCUGCGUUGGCCGCAGCUGUCGUCGCACCGGUAUCCGGACCUCCCACAUUACAGGACAUGUCUGCCAAAGCUUCCACUAAGAAGCACGGACGAGACGAUGGCAAUGCUACUCAGGGUAAUGGAAGCACCAAGCGUGCAAAACUCAACACAGCAGCGCAGCAUGCAAACCAUAGCAACGAAAGCACCGCCGCCAGCAUCGAGCGAAAAGAUUCCAAUAUCACUCUAGACUCCAACGACAGGAAGGCGCGGCAAGCGCACACAGUCCAAGAGGAACAGCAUUUCGAUCCUAUGGAACAGGAUUCAGACCCGAACGACUGGGUAGGGGACAUCGAAUCCUUUAUUAUCCAGGUGGAUACUGCGGGAUACGUUGUCCAGGCGGAUGCUGUGCCGUACAUUGUCCGCACAGCCUCAUGGACAUAUCUGGCUGGAGCGUCAAGUUUCCUGGAGGUCCUUUGGACGUUUGAGAAGCCGUUCGGAUCGCAAGUCCAGUAG